AUGUAUCGAUCCAUGAAGUCCUUGGCCCUGCUCGGCCUCCUGGCCCCGGCCUACUCCCACCCUGCCAGCGGCCACAAGUCUGCUCUCGCUCGUCGCGGAGUUGACAUUGAGGCGUUCCGUCUGCCCCAGCUUGGUUCUUAUACCAACGCCACCGUGACCGAGGCGGACCCGCCCAUCGUCUUACUCAAGCGCGAGAGCUACGUUGACACGGCCACCGAGCUCGUCAAGAAGCUCGCGCCCAACUCCGAGUUCCGCGUCGUCGAUGACCACUACGUCGGCACCAACGGCAUUGCCCACGUCAACUUCAAGCAGACCGCUCACGGUCUUGACAUUGACAACGCUGACUUUAACGUUAACAUCGGCAAGGAUGGAAAGGUCUUCUCCUACGGAAACAACUUCUUCUCCGGCGCCAUCCCUGAGGCCAGCCCCCUGGACAAGCGGGACUUCAAGGACCCCGUUACCGCUCUGAACGGCGCCAAGGACGUUCUCCAGCUGCCCGUUGAGUCGGCCGAUGCUUCUGCCGAGGCUAAGGAGGGCAAGGAGCUCGUCUACCUCGUCAAGGGCGACGGCAAGCUUGCCCUCACUUGGCGUGUUGAGACCGACAUUGUCGACAACUGGCUGCUGACCUAUGUCGAUGCUGAGACCAGCGGCGAGGUCCACGGUGUUGUUGACUACGUCUCCGACCUGGCCAGCUACAAGGUCUACCCUUGGGGUGUUAACGACCCUACUGAGGGAGAGCGCAUCACUGUCACCGACCCUUGGGACAUUGCCUCGUCCGAGUUCACCUGGCACAGCGACGGCCCCGGUACCAACUACACUACCACCCGUGGCAACAACGCCAUCGCCCAGUCCAACCCCAGCGGCGGCAGUGCGUACCUGAACAACUACCGCCCCAACAGCCCCUCGCUCAACUUUGACUACGAGUACACUACCAGCCUGAGCACGCCCUCCAGCUACAUCGACGCUUCCAUCGCGCAGCUGUACUACACCGCCAACCACUACCACGACCUUCUGUACCAGCUCGGCUUCAACGAGCGCGCCGGUAACUUCGAGGUCAACAACAACGGCCAGGGCGGCGCUGGUAACGACUUUGUCAUUCUCAACGCUCAGGAUGGCUCCGGCACCAACAACGCCAACUUCGCCACCCCCCCCGAUGGCUCUCCCGGACGCAUGAGAAUGUACCUGUGGACUUCCUCGACCCCUCGCCGCGACUGCAGCUUCGAGGCCGGCGUCGUCAUCCACGAGUACACCCACGGUCUGUCUAACCGUCUGACCGGUGGCCCCGCCAACUCCAACUGCCUCAACGCUCUCGAGUCCGGCGGUAUGGGUGAGGGCUGGGGUGACUUCAUGGCCACCGCCAUCCGCCUCAAGCCCACCGACACCCGCGCCACCAACUACCCCAUGGGCGCCUGGGUCUACAACAACCCUGCCGGUAUCCGUACCGUCCUCUACUCGACCUCCUUGACCACCACCCCCAACACCUACCAGACCAUCAACGGCCUCACUUCCGUCCACCGUAUCGGAGAGACCUGGGCCACCAUCCUGUACGAAGUCCUCUGGAACCUGAUUGACAAGCACGGCAAGAACGACGGCCCUCGCCCGACCUUCCGUGACGGUGUUCCCACCGACGGAAAGUACCUCACUCUCAAGCUCGUCAUCGACGGCAUGGCUCUCCAACCCUGCUCCCCCAACUUCAUCCAGGCCCGUGAUGCCAUCCUCGACGCCGACAAGGCUCUCACCGGCGGUGACAACCAGUGCGAGCUCUGGACCGCCUUUGCCAAGCGUGGUCUCGGCUCCAACGCCGUCUACAGCUCUUCUAGCCGCCGCAACGGCUUCACUAUUCCUACUGGUGUCUGCUAA